AUGAACUUCUUUUUGAUCUGGUUUUUGGCCCUUUUCAGCGCCGUCUUUGCAGCGGACUCCUCCUCCUCCUCGUCAUCAUCAUCCACUUCCUCGUCUUCGACACAGAGUCCCACCAUGAUCUGGGUCACAGGCACGGACGCCGACGGCAAGUUGGCCACCACCGAGAGCCCUUUCUCGCAAUCACAAUUUGUUGAAAACACCAGCACGACAUCAGUGUCAUCUGGAAGCGUUGGCAUGGGCUCCAUCUCUGGUGAGGUGGGCAAGGUUACCACGUAUUCUCAGGUGACGAUCACCGCUGGUGGAUCAUUUGCAUAUGGGUCUUUGCCCGGGCCUUUGCGCUCCAACAUGCCAUGGAAAACGGUGAUUGCCGUGGGCACAUUCGUUCUUGGUGUGGCCUUCAUUUAA